ACAAACCCGUUACUGAGCAUACGUAGGCUGGUUAUUUCACUACCUAAACUUGUAGUUCUAGUUUCACCGAAAUUAGUAAGCAUUAACGUCUGAACAUCUUCUGUCAACAGCAACAUCAAGUGAAACACACAUCGAGACACUGAAUUGCCGAACUCUCUUCCUCAGAAAGGCCGUGACUACUGUCGGACGUGGAUCAUUCCUCGUCGUCGGACUGGUUCUUCUGAUCCAGGUGCCGCUAGAGCAGCAGACACGGGACCAACAACGUAUUCUUCCGGCUUGGCAGACGUGGUGUCGCCCGUGGAGUUCAGUGUCAACUGUGGUCAUCUCCCUUGUACUGGCACCGUGGCGUUCCAACCGGCUAAUUCCUCGUGUUCUCCUUUCUCUACAGCAGCCUGCCAGACCACAGUCUCGUCCGGUAUGGCUUAUCUCAAGUCUCCACCUUACCCCGUGAACGGGAUCGGGCUACCUUCACCCGGAGUUGACCUUCUCCAUCCUACCGUCGGUUAUCCUGAUCGGCUCGGCAACAAUACUCAUUCCAAUUCUUGGCCAAAGUUACCCGAUGGCCGACACUAUGACGUUGAAGGGGUUGGCUCCUACAUUAUUGGUCGAAUGUCGUGCCCACCUGUGGAACGGUUUCCGGACUUUUCAGAUGUGACUAUUUAUCAAAGUUCAGGACCACCUUCAUCCGCCCCUAGAAAACAACGUCGAGAGCGUACCACUUUUACUAGGGCACAGCUUGAUGUAUUAGAGGCCCUUUUCAGCAAGACUCGUUACCCUGAUAUUUUCAUGAGAGAGGAAGUGGCUUUAAAAAUCAACCUGCCCGAGUCUCGGGUACAGGUCUGGUUCAAAAAUCGUCGAGCCAAAUGUCGUCAACAGCAGCAGCAGCAAAAUGGAGGUUCAACCUCGAAAACUACUCGACCCAAGAAAUCUAAAAGUCCGCAACCAGCCGCCUCUCCAUCGUCAACUCGAGAUCCUGUUUAUAAACAUCGAAACCUCUCUCAGCCAUCCCCGAGUACAACCCCAACAGUGACGACCAACAACACCAGCGCCAUCUGGAGCCCCGCCAUAACUCCAGUCUCAGACUUUAUGAACAGUAGCAGCUGCAUGCAAAGACCGUCCUACCAUAUGACAAACCUGAACAAUACGCCCCCUACGCCCAGUUGUUAUACGCAGAGCUACGGACCAACUUCUUAUUACGGAAAUAUGAACAUGGAAUACCUACCACCACCAAUGCCACAUACGCAGAUAAGCAUGACCAAUAUGGCUUCGUUGAAUCAAAUGAACGGCCCAAACAUGACAUCCGCCAUGAACCCUGUCGGACUCCAACCAGCAUCAUUGACCCCACGAACUUCCUCUACAAAUGGAGGAAUCUCACCAAGUGACUGCCUCGAGUAUGGAUCUGACAAAUCAGCACCAACUUGGAAGUUUCAAGUACUGUGACGUAAUAUGUUCGCAACCAUCAGAUAUUGUGGCGCACUGAUAGAUAUAAUUAUCCAGACAUUGCAGUUCAUCAACUGACUACCAUUGUUACUUUGUCUAGGUCGUGCGACUUACUAAUUUUGUCUUUGAAUACCAGGUACCCUGAACACAUCUUAAUUUCCUGGUUCUUCCUCCAACCAACAGAUGCCCUUGCAAAGUGAAGACAUUUCUUUUUAAAGCCUUUGUAGUUCCUCCUUCGAUGCACGUUUUGUAAACCAGACAAAAAUAUAAGUUGAUUGACUUUUUACUUCCCUCUUGAAAGUCAGGCAACCUGAAAAAACGAAAAAUGUUUAUACAUAAAAAUAUUCUCCUAAAUUCGUGUCGUGAACGGUUUUUGUAUUUUGCUCAAUAUAAAUGUGCGACGUCAGUAUGAUAGAAGUAAAUACCAAAUAUUAUCAGUAAAACAAUAAUUCUGGGAAACAUCUGUCUUAGAUUGAAAUCCGUUACUACAAAAUCAGCGCUUAUAAGAAUAUAAGCGUGAUUUUGAAUAUACUAUUCAACAACAUAGAUGGUAUAUAUAUUAAACAGCAAGGGCACGAUAUAAAAUAACAGCUUUUCCUGUUCGUAUCAAAUUUGUGGUACUUAUAAUCAGCGUAAAUUUCCAAGGCUUUUAUUCUGAAGCAUUUAAAUGAUCCCUAAUUUUUCCACCAUCAACCCACGUGGCUAUUAUAUUUAUGCUUGUAUUUGUGUAAAUGUUUCUGUGGUAACCAGAGGCCUAGCGUUAGUGAGGUAACAAUAGAAAAUAGAGGUAUGACAAGUAUUUUAAGUGGGUUGGUCAGCAUGACAAAUUAUUUUAUGUCAAAGUUUUUGGGCUACUUACACGAGACUUUUGUUUCGUUCUAUUUGAAUCAAUCAUUUUAACUUUGUCGAGUGAAAUGUUCUGAAAAAUAUUCGUGUUACAAAAGUAUUAUUAGAAUUAGUUAACAGUUGUAUAAAAAAAAAGUGCCAAAAACAGUUUAAAAACUAUCAUACCUAAGCACAUUUGUUUAUACUUAGAUUACAGUCAAAGAAUAUUGAGACAUAGUAUUAUUACCUUAGAUUCAUAAAAGCAUUCUCGUGGAGGAAGGGUGGGUAAUCGUUUUGUAAUGGAGUCAACUUUUGUUUUGUGUAAGCUUUAGAGUUUUAAGUUUUGUUUAUAACUACUUUCUUUAAUCAAAUAAGCAUUUAUUAAUUAUUUUAAUGAUAAUGAAUUUGUAAAUUUUCGUUACAUGUGUAAAUACAGAGGGUGUUUUUAAAGUCUGUGUUUACUUUUUCCUUUGGAAAUAUGUUGAAAGAAUGAAAAAUAAACUAGUAAUUAUAAACUCCUAUAUAUAGAUAUAUAUAUAUUCAUGCGUGAUAGCUUGCUUUGUCGAUAAAGAGUACAACACCAACCCUACAACUAUUGAAUUAUCUGUAGAAGUGUUAAAACAGUUAUAAUGUUAGAUUAUUUAAUAGUUUUCUAUUAAGUAAACUAUGUAGCGCUACCAGUCGGAAUUCAUGAUGAACAACCAAGAACAUCAGCGUUUCCAAAACCAACAAAAAAUUCUCACAGUAAACAGCUCUUACUUACUCAGUGAUGUCUAAUGUAAUGCGAAAACAAACUAGCUCGUUAGCUUGAAAUACGAAGAUGUAGUUUUAAUCAAAGUAUAACUUCAUUUUUAACACUUCUACCACUUAAGAGUCCAUUAAGUUCGAUCCAUUUAAGCCGUUCAAACGAACUUUUAGCUACAAAAUGGAACUUAAAAACACCAUCUACAGGUAAGCGUUAAACUACAUUAAAACAGAAAAAGGCGGACUUUAAGAAACCUUCAAGGCGAAUGCAAAGCUCAUCGUUAUAUUCAGAUGUAUUAUUUAACUGACCUGUGAGAAAUGAGGCUUACUUUUCAUAUCACUUCAGCUUGAGGAUUGUCUAUUAUCACUGUAUAUUGAUGAUAUAACUAUACGCAGUAGUUUUGGAGAUGUAAAGAUGAUAUUGAUAGUUCUUUAGAUGUAUGUGUUGUUCGUCAACCUUUUCGUUACUUAUCACAAUCUUCAUCUUCCUUGGAUCUAUUGUAAAUAUCUGUAUAUUUCGCCAAACUAUGUACUUAUAUAAUGUAAGGGGAUAAUUUUUGUGUUAAUGUAACUUUUGUUGUGUGAGACGAGCAACUAUUCCGAUAGACUUGAAAAUAAACUUUGUUUGGAUCUGAG